AUGGCGAUUUUUCGAUGGAUUUUCGACUAUUUUUUCGGAUUUUGUAGCACCGCUCGUAUAAAAGGGGGAAAAGAUUCGAACAAGAAACCGGUCAAAAAGCAGCCACUUGGAACGAUAGACGAAGAAAUGGAGCCGAACACUAUGCUAGCUUAUGUAACCGCCGCUCGUGGCCUAUAUAUGAAAAACAAGUCGUCAAUUGAAGCGUUCGCUACAGUAACCCUCCAAGGAAAAGGUUCACUGCGGAGUCGUUGCGAAACAGAUCACACGCAAACAGAAGGAGAUUGUCGAUGGGAUGAAUGCUUUGAAUACAAACUAUCCGACAAAUUCAACGCCGUCGUCGUUUCGGUUUACGCGAAAGCGAAAAUAGGCUCCGGUGAUGUCAUCGGACGGUGUGAACUGGAUUUAGAGAAUGCGAGAGCACUGCAUGGACAAACGAAUUGGUUACGGUUGAAAAAGAGGACGUCAGAUGAGAAGUAUCGAGGAGAAGUGCAAGUUCGAUUCGAUUUCAAUUACGAGAAGCCAUCGAUGAGUGUCAGCUCAUUGUCGUUGAAUCAGUUGGGAAAUGAGGCGAAAGAAGAGAAAAGUGGUGGCGGUGGUCUGAUGUCAAAAAUGAAGCGAAAAAUCACGCAGGUCAAAAACGGACACAAAAAAGCAGAGGAUACGAUGUCGAUGGCGUCCGCAUGGAGUGCCACGUCGAAAGUUUCCACGAAAUCGAAUAAAUCAAAGAUUUUCGGAAAAAUUGGGUCGAAAUUGGGUAUUGGGAAAGAUAAGGAAAAGGCAGGCACGUUGCCAACUGGAACGUUCAUGACACCGAUGGAUAAUCAUUUGGAUACGACGAAUCAUGGAUUGUAUGAGACGGCACAUGAGGGAGGAUUGGCUAGUCGAAAUUCUAGUUUCAAUGUGUUCGACAACGUCCACAACAACUCUUCCCGACCUCCAUCCGCAUUUUCCGGAUCCCUCAACCCAUUCUCCGACUCGAUGUCUCCAGAAGCUCCGCCCCUUUCGUCACAAACUGUCAAUGGACGACGCCAGAGUAAUACUCCGUUGUCAACGGGUGGUGGUGCUCCGCGUUUUGGUGGUGGUAUUGGAGCGAUUACCGGAGCAGCCACACUCCCACAUGCGAUGACUUCUCCUGUGAUGUCUCAACAUCAUAACGAUAUGUUCCGCAGAUCGGGAUCAAUCCGUAGCACCGCUUCCAGUGGAUUUGGUGGAUCGACGAAAAAUCAACAGAAUCGAAUCAUCGAUCCGACGAAUUCGGAUGAUCUGCUGGCGGUGAUCGACAGUUUGAAGUUGGAGCUUCAAGUGAAGGAUUCCAGAAUGAAGGAUAUGCAAGGUUACAUGGAUUUAUUGAUCUCCCGUGUGAUGGAACGUAAUCCUGAGCUGCUCGCUGCCCAAAACGCCACUCAAAAGCAACCGAGAAUGCGUUUCUUCUAG